AUGGUCGAUGUCUUGUUCAAGUCAUCUUACGGCCACGAAGAAAAACCUGUCGAUACCGAGUCGGGCUCCGACGAUAGCUCUGAUGAGGACGAUGAGGAAUGCCAGUAUUGCGACAAGAGCAAGGUUAAGUCUCGCAAACCCGCCUCCAGAGGUCUCAAAGUUCAUUACGGGCUUAUCGCAUCGGGAAACCAGGUCAUAAAGGACGCCAAGUUUCGGGACGCAAUGAACAAGGGCCUUGGGGGUCAAUUAUUGUGUGUCGAGAUGGAGGCGGCUGGCCUGAUGACCAACUUUCCGUGUCUGGUCAUUCGAGGUAUCUGUGACUAUGCCGACAGCCACAAGAACAAGGUGUGGCAGGAGCACGCUGCCGCUGUCGCCGCUGCAUAUGCGAAGGAGUUGCUUCUAGACCAUGUGCAACCGGCCGAGGUUGAAAGAGAACGCAGUGCUCGGGAGCAGCUAUCAGCUCAGCUAACAGAGGUCGGUGAAGAUGUCAAACAGGUCCAUGUCAAGUUAACUACGGCGGAAGACAAGAAACUUUUCAAAGACAUUUUGGAGUGGCUCAGUCCAAUCAACUACGGCUCCAUGCAAAGUGACCAUUUCAAAAUGAGGCACGAGGGAACGGGUCAGUGGUUUUUGAGCUCGCCUCAAUACCAAGAGUGGAACGAAUCAACCGGCAAGACGCUAUAUUGUCCUGGCAUACCCGGCGCCGGCAAAACGAUUCUCACAUCUAUCGUCAUCAACGACCUCGUCUCGAAAGCUGAAAGCAAUACAGAAGUUGGGAUAGCUUAUGUGUAUUGCAGCUUUCAGAGAGCGACUGAACAAAACAUCGAGCACAUGUUGUCAAGCCUAUUGAAGCAGCUAGCUGAGAGAGCACCAGAUCCGUCGGAAAGCCUGCGCAGCCUCUUUGAAAAACACAAACACUGGCAGACCAGACCCUCCGUUGCGGAGCUCUCAAAGACACUGGAGUUGGUAUGCAAGACGUUCGCAAGAGUCUACAUUCUUAUUGAUGCUCUUGACGAGUGCCAAGCCGUUGGUUGCCGAUCAUCACUACUGAAGACUCUAUUCAAACAGAGAACAGGGACAGGAGCUCCAGUGCACCUAUUCGCGACCUCGAGAUUCAUCCCCGAGAUUGAGGAAUUCGAAGACCCCCUGAGAUGCGAAAUCAAGGCAUCGGAAAAAGAC